AUUCAAGCCCAUAGUUCAUCGCAUUGGGACUGAACUAUAAACACUUGCAAGGAUGAAGGUCUUUGGGCAGUAUUGGUUCCUUCAGGGACUUGUUACUGCGUGUAUGCUGGUUGGAAUAUCAACUGCUUGUAAAGAUAACAAUGACUGCACACCCAAUAACGGUGUUUGCACUGAGGGGAAGUGUGUAUGCACACCAGACUUUGCUGGCCCUGCUUGUGCUUCAGACAACCCGUGCAAAGGUGAAACAUGUAGCGACCACGGAACAUGUGAGCCAAGUGAAGAUGACACUCCAGUAAUUGUCUGCACAUGUGAUACCGGCUACACUGGAACCAAGUGUGAAACUGGGUUAAUCGCGAUACUGGUGAUAUUCAGCAGCCAGUGUAUGGCAGCUGACCAGGCAUCCUGUGCGAAGAACCCAUGUCAGAAUAAAGGAGUGUGUAGCGUUAAAGACAAACUGUUGUUUGCACAUGUGAAAAAGGGUACGGCGGAGGCAGAUGUGAAGACACUGACCAGGCAUCCUGUGCGAAGAACCCAUGUUAGAAUAAAGGAGUGUGUAGCGUUAAAGACAAAUCUGUUGUUUGCACGUGUGAAAAAGGGUGGAGACAGAUGUGUAGUCGCUGACCAGGCAGCCUGUGCGAAGAAUCCAUGUCAGAAUAAAGGAGCGUGUAGCAUUAAAGACAAAGCUGUUGUUUGCACGUAUGAAAAAGGGUACAGCGGACACAGAUGUGAAGACACUGACCAGGCAGCCUGUGCGAAGAAUCCAUGUCAGAAUAAAGGAGCGUGUAGCAUUAAAGACAAAGCUGUUGUUUGCACGUAUGAAAAAGGGUACAGCGGACACAGAUGUGAAGACAAACCUCGCUGCCUCGAAGAUAGAGACUGCCUAGAGGGGAAACGCUGUGUGACAAAAGUGACGCCCUAUAGAUGUUCUGGUACGAAAAUGUCUGUGCACAUCCUGCUGGGCACUUUUGUUACUGUCCUCGCAGUGAUGAACCUAAACUGACCACAAUCGAACAUGGCCAUGACACCACGCGUUUCUACAAGUUUGCUUCAUAGAUUAACUUUAAAUACAUAUUGAUACAUACGAUUUGUAGUGAUCGUUUAGGUGAUAGUAGACCUGUCUACAUAACACAGAGGAUUCGGUAGUUACAAGGAUACAAAGAAACGUGAAAUACAUAUAAUGGACGUGAGCUGCACUUGCACUACGUACAAAAUGCAAAUAGGAAAACAUAUUAAAUAAAAAGAUCAACGACACUUUAAGAACAGAACGUUGUGUGUGAUGUGUGUCAUAUACUCAAGUACUUUCUAUAACUGUAAUAACCUUACUGCAGAUAAGAAGUUAAACUUAUCACAGUGCUGGUUUCGACCAUUGAUGACGUUACUUCUGACCUGGACAUGUUUCCCAGUAACAGAGUGUUAAAUUAUUAUUAUAUGUUAUCUGCUUCUUAUCUACAGUAACUGCAUUAACACUGAGAAACUCUUCUCUUUGGCACGUAUGUGCGUUUCUGUACUUUCACCUUUCAUAUGCAGUCAUGAACAAUAAAGCUGUAGACGCUUCAGCGUGA